GUACUAAUCAGAACAACACAAAAAUACUGACCGGAGACUGUAAACAAUCAGGAGCGCAGAGAAACUCUACAACAUAAGAAAAGAGAGACAUCAGAAUUAACAGGAGGACUGAUAUGGAUUGUCCAGACAUCUGCAACACAAUACUUUUCAAGAGGAAAACAUAUUGAUACUUUGUGGCGUUUUUAUUCAGUUUUCUUACAUUAGAUAUCUUAUAUAUUCAUGCCAAUUUGAAAGUGGAUCUGAAACGGUUCACUUUAAAAAAAAAAACUUUUUUUUCGGCAAAACUGGAAUGUGAUCGCACGUACUGGAUGUAUACUGGAUUUAUAAAGGGCAGUCGGCUCCGGAGUAAAUUAAGAGUAAAUUAGACAUAGAGCAUCUGAAUUCUGUAUCAGGAAAACAUCAUUAAAGCAAAGUAUGGGGAAUAUUGAGAGUGUAGACGGGCAAUCUGAGACGAAGCAUCAUAUAAUGCCCUUGAAAGUUCCCAUGCCUGACCAAACAGAGCUUGAAGAGAGAUUUGCCAUAGUUUUGAAUUCUAUGAACCUGCCUCCAGAUAAAGCACGUCUCCUGCGGCAGUACGAUAAUGAGAAGAAGUGGGACCUCAUCUGUGACCAGGAGCGUUUCCAGGUGAAGAAUCCUCCACAUACAUACAUCCAGAAACUACGUGGAUAUUUAGACCCUAGGGUCACACGCAAGAAAUUCCGCAGGAGGGUGCAGGAAUCCACUAAAGUCCUACGGGAGCUGGAGAUAUCACUGAGAACCAAUCACAUCGGGUGGGUUCGUGAAUUCCUCAACGAUGAGAACAGAGGGCUGGACAUUCUGGUGGAGUAUCUCUCCUUCGCCCAAUGUGCAGUUAUGUUGGAUUUUGAAGGGCUGGAGAAUGGCGAGGACUGCUCGCUGGACAAUGCUAAGUCUUGGAGCAGGUCCAUUGAGGAUCUGCACCAGAAUGGCUGCAAUACUUUGGUGCGCUCUGCGCGACAAUCCGUCCUCCGCUAUGGCUCAACUCCCAACAACAAAACUAUCAAGAACUCCAGAUUAGUGAGUCAAAAGGAUGAUGUGCACGUGUGCAUCAUGUGCUUGAGAGCGAUCAUGAACUAUCAGUAUGGCUUCAACCUUGUCAUGUCUCACGCACAUGCAGUCAAUGAGAUUGCCCUGAGUUUGAACAAUAAGAACCCGAGAACAAAAGCGCUGGUCCUGGAGCUGCUUGCUGCUGUAUGUUUGGUGCGAGGAGGUCAUGAAAUCAUCCUCUCUGCGUUUGAUAACUUCAAAGAGGUAUGUAAGGAGAAGUAUCGCUUUGAGAAGCUGAUGGAGUACUUUCGUAGUGAAGAUGGAAAUAUCGACUUUAUGGUGGCUUGUAUGCAGUUCAUCAACAUUGUUGUCCAUUCAGUGGAGGACAUGAACUUCCGUGUACAUCUGCAGUAUGAAUUCACUAAACUGGGUCUUGAUGACUUCCUAGAGAAAUCCAAGCACACAGAAAGUGAUAAGUUGUCAGUGCAGAUCCAGGCGUACCUGGAUAAUGUUUUUGAUGUUGGAGGACUGCUGGAGGAUGCUGAAACAAAGAAUGUGGCUCUGGAGAAGGUAGAGGAGCUGGAGGAGCAUUUGUCACACGUGACAGAGAAGCUUCUUGAUGUUGAAAAUGAGACCAUAAUGAAGGUAGCAGACCUUGAGAAACAACUUUUACACAAAGACAAGGAACUGGUAGCCAUCAAGGAGACGUACGAGUCAGCCAGCUCACAGGUGCACACACUGCGACGGAUGAUCAAGGAGAAAGAUGCUGCUUUCCAGAGGCACAACAACAUUGAGAAGCGUUUGCUGGAGCUGGAGCAGCAGGGCACAAUACGUUUGCGCAAACAGCCUGAUGGAGAUCUUGCCAUUGAGGCCUUGGGUGGUGGUGGUGGUGGGCUGGUUGGUGGGGUUGUGGUUGGAGCACCUUUGGGUGACCUGGGCUCACUUACUGCAGACGUGACUGGAAGCGGAGGUCUCAAUGUCAGCUCACCUGUUGCUGUUAAAGUUGUUGCUCCACCCCCACCCCCACCUCCACCUGCCCCACCUCUCCCCUCUGAAGUGAUGUCUGUUCAUAUUCCUCCUCCUCCACCUCCUCCUCUCCCUGGACCAUCACCAUCAGUCAUCCUUAGUGACGGCUUAUCAGCCAUCCGCAUUAAGAAGCCCAUAAAAACCAAGUUCCGUCUUCCUGUCUUCAACUGGACUGCACUGAAACCCAACCAGAUAAAUGGCACCGUCUUUAACGAGAUCGAUGAUGAGCGUGUGCUUGAGGAGCUGGAUCUUGAGAGAUUUGAGGAGUUGUUCAAGACGAAAGCUCAAGGCCCUGUGGUGGAUCUGUUGUGCUCUAAGAGCAAGGUCUCUCAGAAGACCAUGAACAAAGUGCAGCUGCUGGAUUCCAAUCGCUCAAAGAACUUGGCCAUCACUCUGCGCAAGGCCAACAAGACCACAGAGGAUAUCUGCAAAGCUAUUCAAACGUUUGAUCUGAAGGCACUGCCGGUGGACUUUGUGGAAUGUCUGAUGCGGUUCCUGCCCACAGAGGCUGAGAGUAAACUAAUGCGUCAAUAUGAGCGAGAGAGGAGACCUCUGGACCAGCUGGCUGAGGAAGACCGUUUUAUGCUCUUCUUCAGCAAGAUUGAGCGCCUCACUCAGAGAAUGAACAUCAUCACAUUUGUGGGGAACUUCAGUGAUAAUGUUAACAUGCUGACCCCGCAACUCAACGCCAUCAUUGCAGCAUCAGCUUCAGUGAAGUCCUCACCAAAGUUAAAGAAAAUUCUUGAAAUCAUUCUUGCCCUGGGAAACUACAUGAACAGUAGCAAAAGAGGCUCUGUGUAUGGUUUCAAGCUGCAGAGUCUGGAUCUGCUGCUAGAUACGAAGUCUACUGACCGGAAGAUGACAUUGCUACAUUACAUUGCUCUCAUUGUGAAGGAGAAAUAUCCUGAACUGGCCACCUUCUACAAUGAACUGCACUUUGUGGAUAAGGCUGCAGCAGUGUCUUUGGAAAACGUGUUAUUGGAUGUUAAGGAGCUCGGUAAGGGCAUGGAUCUGGUCAGAAGAGAAUGUAGUCUGCACGACCACGCCAUACUCAAAGGCUUCCUGCAAACCAGUGAUACACAACUAGACAAACUGCAGAAAGAUGCCAAGACUUCUGAGGAGGCCUUCAACAAUGUGGUGCUUUUCUUUGGCGAGAGUCCUAAGACUACGCCACCCUCUGUGUUUUUUCCAGUGUUUGUGCGCUUCAUUAAAGCCUACAAGGAGGCCAUGGAGGAAAAUGAACUGAGGAAGAAGCAGGAGGAAGCCAUGAGAGAAAAACUACUAGCACAGGAGGCCAAACAGCACGACCCCAAGGUCCAGGUGCAGAAAAAGAGGCAGCAGCAGCACGAACUGAUCGCAGAGCUUCGCCGAAAACAGGCCAAAGACCACCGGCCUGUAUAUGAGGGCAAAGAUGGCACCAUUGAAGACAUCAUCACAGUGCUGAAGAGUGUGCCCUUCACAGCCCGCACGGCCAAACGAGGCUCACGCUUCUUCUGCGAUACCAACCUCUUCGACGAGUCCAUCUGCUAGCCUCCCAAAAUACCCCAAAAUACUACCCCUAAUGCCGCAGAUCUCCGAAGCCAGCCCUUCCUGCGAGCUGACGCGGUGAUCCGGAAUGGGUGGAAGCGACCCUAAAGACCCCUUACACACUCACACUCUGCUACCCUCCCCCUGCUUUCUUCUGAAAUGGCAUCCUCCUACAAAUCACAGUGACUGAGGGAAGUGCAGGACCAAACCAAUGCCUUUCAUUUUAGGGGUGGAAUAGUUAUUAUUUAUUUAUGGAAAUCCUUUUUGUAUUCUGCACUGGAGGCUCUGUCAACAAAGUCAAAAAACAUCAGGGCUACCACACUGUCCUCAUGAACACAUGCAAACAUAUCCGGAGUUGCAUCAAUAGAGGCAUGUGUUGGCACCGGAGUGCUCUCCUGUGCAAAGUUGUGGAUUGAGUUGCAAAGAAAAGAGAAAACAGACAGCAGUGAGACUGGUCUGCUUUUCAAAAAGAUUUUACUCCCAUUAACAUGGAUUUCCUCAUAUUGUGCAAUCUAAGCAUGACUUUCUGACAGUGGGAUCGAGCAGUGAGGUCAGACUGAUGCUGACUUCCUGUCCAGAGCCCGUUUGUACAGCGCUUUAUAAACUAUGAACUCAAAAUAUUUGUUAAAGGGAUACUUCGCCCAUAUAUGACAUUUCUGGGAUAAUUUGCUAACCCUACGGUUCUUCCAAACCAGUAUGCCUUUAUUUCUUACAUAUAACACAAAAGGAGGCAGAAUUUUUGCCUAAGUCACCAUUCACUUUCAUUUUAAUGGGGGAAAAAAGAUGCAAUGAUAGUGAAUGGUGACUGAGACAUCUUCCAUUUCCAUGGAAAUCAUAUGGGUUUGGAACAACAUGAGGGUAAAUAAAUGACAGAAUGUAAAUUUUUGGGUGAACGAUCCCUUUAAUCUCAUUGAACUACCUGGAACAUGUUAGUUUGUCUCCAGUAUUUUAACCUAGACAAGUACUAUGGUUAUAAAGAAGUGCCUUUCUGUUGAGUCAGUAUUAUUUCUUAUAGCCAAUCAUGAUGUAUCUAAGUUUAUACCUUUGUGUUAAUCCAAAUGUUGUAACAUUUCCGAUACUUAAUGUAAAUAUAAUAUGUAAUUAUCCCAAAAAAUGCAAUGUAGCUUUAACGAAACGGCCUGAAUAAGGAACGUUUUACUGACCUUGUAUUGAUGGUGCCUCUGUCCUCACCGGCCCUUUAAAUGGACUGGACUUGUUAAACUGCUAGCAUUUGACAUGCGUAACCUGUACCUGAGGAAACAUAAUGUAGUUCAUGCCAUACCAUGAAACUUUUCCUAGCACAACAAACUUUCCGUUCUCUUACCCUGCAGAUUGAAUACACAGAUUUUUAUGUAUAUAAAUGCAUUUGGUUGUCAGAACACUCAAGAAUUGUAAUGAUGACAGAACUGAAUCUUUUGGGUGAGCAAUUUGUACAUUAGUUAACAAAAACUAUUGCCCAAAACAGUAAUAUAAUGAAGGAAAACCAUUAUUUGUAGGAAAGACCCCAUUAAGUUUAGACCAACAAUAUCGGUUCAUUAAAAUGUUUAAAUGUUUUAUGAGGGUAGAGAGGAAUUUGAUUAUGGAAAAACUAUAAAUGUUAUUCCCAGCACUAGCAUUGAAUACACAGCAAUUCCUUAUGAUUGUCUUAAGUGGGCCUUUAUAAAAGGGACAUAUUACAGUAUGACACUGCAUAUUAACUAAAGCUCAAGAGAAGUACUCAAAUACAACACUAAUAAUGUUAAUCUUUUAGAUUUUGUAUCUUCAUUUCUUAUUUAAUUAAAAAGAUUUCAAAACUGAAAAUUCAAAAAAGAAUUUUCAUUUUUGGGUGAACUAUCCCUUUAAUGAUUUCUUAGACUCUGAUCAUGUUAGCCCACAGAAUAAACUAAAUCAAGCCAUUUGGGAGGAAAAGCACAAAAAAGAUGAAUGUACCAAAAUGUGGAUGUUAUUUAGUUGGUUUGGACCAACAGUCCAACUGCAGCAGUUACUUGGAUAUUCAAUAAAUGUGGAAAUGUCAUAAUUUUGUAGAUCUUGUUGAAUAAAAAUAUUUGAGACUCA